GAGAUUUUUGGGUACCGUUUUGGGGCAAAGGAAUAAGUAAAGCUCAUGUGUAUUAAAGACUUUCUUAGUAAUUGAAUUGAAUUUUUGUUUUUUGUUAGGAACAAUUGUAACCAAUAGGAUUUGUGUUUGGUCUUGGGAAUCGCAAUGGAUGAGAGAAUGAGGGAUGUUGCUGAAGCGGGAGACAUUGAAGCCCUGUAUGCACUAAUUCAGGAGAAUUCAUUUGUUUUAGACAACAUUGAUACAUUUCCUUUCGUUGACACUCCACUACAUAUAGCAGCCUCUAAAGGGCACAUUGAUUUUGCUAUGGAAAUGAUGAACUUAAAGCCAUCAUAUGCAAGGAAGCUAGACCCUGCUGGGCGAAGCCCCAUGCAUCUUGCCCUGUUAAAUUGCCAAACUCAUGUAGUACAUGAGCUCCUCAAAGUUGAUAAAGAUCUUGUCCGUGUCAAAGGGAGGAGCAGUUGGACUCCUCUGCAUUAUGCAGUGGAGAAGGGGAACCUGGAUCUUAUAGCUGAAUUUCUUGAGGCUUGCCCCGAAUGCAUUACAGAUGUGACCAUUCAAGGCCAGAAUGCCAUACAUAUUGCGAUAAGCAACAAUAACUUUGAAACUCUGGAACUUCUGGUUUGUUGGCUUGAAAAGAUCACUCACAAAGAUGCUGACAUUUGGAAUAAACAAGUCCUGAAUGGGAUAGAUCGCGAAGGAAACACAGUUCUACAUAUAGCUACAUCCAUUAAUCAUCCCCAGAUGGUAGGAUUAUUAUUAGAAUGUAAGAUGAUCUCCAAGAACGAAGUCAAUUUGAACGGCCAUUCAGCUUUGGAUAUGUUAUCCGGCCAAGUUAACAACAGCGAAGCUGCAAACAUUCUUCGUCAAGCUGGAUGUCUAGAAGCUAAAAGAAUUCCUGCGCGUCAAACAUUAGCAGAGUCAUUGAGAACAAGAAUGUCUUGGUCACAGAAAUUACGAAGAACAAUGGUGCGGCAGAAUAACAUGAUAUCUAGUGACAUGAGGAAUGCUAUGCUGGUAGUAGCUGUACUGAUCCUAACAGCAACCUACCAAACAUGUCUUACUCCACCUGGAGGUGUUUGGCAGGGUAACUUAGGUGACCCAGUGCCCAGUCCCUCAAGUGCACCUUCCACUCCCUCAAGAGUAUUUGACACUCCCCCACCCCCACCUACGAGUGGCGUGUUCCCAUCCAGCCCUUCCCCAUCCGACCUUCCUUCCGGCAAGGCUAUCACUCCCACACCCCCACCUACGAGUGGCGUAUUCCGAAACCCUCCUCCCAGCGAGGCUGUCACUCCCCCACCCCCACUUAUCACUCCCUCACCCCCAACUGCGAGUGGCGUAUACCGAGACCCUCCUUUCGACUAGCCUGUCACUCCCCCACCCCCACCUAUCACUUCCGCACCCCCACCGAUGAGUGGCGUAUUCCCAAACGACCCUUCCCCAUCCCAUCUUCCUCCCGGCAGGGCUGUCACUAAUGCCCCUAAAAGUAAGGUCGGGCUCUCAAUCAUGUCCACACCUAAUUUUAUAUACUUCUAUUUUAUAAACACUGCAACUUUCUUGACUACAACAACCGUAGUGUUUCUCCUACUUCCUGAUAACACAAUAAACCUGCUUACCUUACCAGUCAUGUUGUUCAUUCUCUGCUACUUGCUGUCAAUGACGUACCUAGCUCCAUUUCCAAUUCCAAAUUCCCCUCGGCUUCAACCAUUUGCACCUAUUAUUAUUGCUACUCUGCUCUUCCUUGUUGUGUGUUUGCCUAAGUUUUUCAAUCUUAAUCUCCAAUCUUAAGGGGCUAGUUUAAAUGUUUCUGCUUAUUAAGAUUAAUGCAUGUUAAUUUUCUUUUCGGGUCAGCAUUAUGGAUGUUUUCUUGUAUAAGAAACUUGAUCAUCAAAAGGAAAGUUAUCGCACGCUUGUAUUUGCAUUUUGCUUAAUACUAUGUAUUUUCUUAAUAUGUUACUUUUCAUGUUGAGUACUUUUUAUCUCAUGAAUCAUGAACAAACUAUGAUGUUCCCAUUUCAAUGAUACACUGAGAACUGUCAUGCCCUCAAUAAAACAAGAGAAAUCAA